AUGCAGCUGCGGGUCCACGAGCGUGCUCUAGUUCACGGGGCACGCCAGUUCAAAGAAGCUGCCGAAGCUGCAGUAAACCACGAAAAUCGCGCUGCUGCGUUGGAAGCACAGCUGCGCCGUUGUGAGUCCGACAGGGACUUCAAUGAAGACGCGCAUGUCCACUUGCUACAGUCUCGUAUCACGGAGCUCGAGCGGGAUCUCGCUGCCGCCCGACGCCAAGCCGACAACAACGCCAAACUCCUCGACGUACGCACGAGCGAGCUUCGCAGCGCCAAGUUCUUCUUCCCCUCCGCCGACGAUCUCUCUGAGACGGAAGUCCUCGACCUCGUCAAUACCCUCAAUGAACAAAUCUUCCAGAUAUCCGCCACUAUCGAAGACACAUACCAUGACCGCUAUGUUGCCGACUGCCACGACAUAGAGUGUGCAACCGUCUGGCUGAAGAAAUUCUUCAACUCCAUCGACGUCAUCGGUGCGCUGAAAGAUGCGGCGUCUAGCCCGGACGACGCCAGCAACCUCGUGCAAGUAGCCCUUCAAGGCUUUAUGGUCUCAUUCAUACAUUACCUCUGCGGCACCUGGGACUUCACCGCGGACAGCCGGCUUCAGCACCGCUUGACGCAGCUGAGGAAGAGCAUCACCGCCCGCGAGCCGCAGUUCGUCUCCGGGCGGUGGCGUUCCCUGUGUCUGUCGCACAUCCGCACGCUCCUCAACACGGAGGUGGCCAUGCUCCCACCAGCAGAGCAGGAGAUGGUCCAGGGUGUGGCGGCCGUCCUGCGGGUGUUCGGCGUUGACAGCACGCUCAACGAGCUCUGCGAACAGGUGCACGCCGCGUACGUCCCGAGAUUUCGGGAGAUCGUGCGCCGUGCGCUCGACCUCCGCCGCGCCGCGGGGGAGAUGAUCGUGUCAUGCGACUUGGAGGUCGACCUCGUUCACUGCGGGCAGCAGUUCGACGACACUCUAAUGGAGGACGAGUGGGCGGGCCCCAGAGCAUCACAGAGACAGAUGUCAGAGGGGCGGCAAGUUCUUUUCACGACGGCGCUGGGCCUUGUCCGAGAGAACGAGGUGAGGACGCCUGAGGACGGGGAGGAGGAGGGAAGCAACGAAGGCUUCAGGAGAAAGCGAACAAUUUUGUUGAAGCCCAAGGUUAUGUUGUCGGCGAAACGGGCGUAG